UUGAAUUACGAUUUUGUUUUAUUUUUACAGGAAACCUCAAAUUCAACGGAGUCAGAUUAACACUGGAAUCUGUUCGGAAAAUGCCUCUCUUUGGUAACACAUUCAGUCCGAAGAAAACACCGCCUAGAAAAUCUGCCUCUCUUUCCAAUCUGCAUUCAUUGGACAGGACAACCAAAGAAGUAGAGUUGGGCCUGGAUUAUGGGUCCCCAAGUAUCAACAUAGCAGGCCAAAGUUUAAAAUUUGAAAACGGGCAGUGGAUUACCGAGUCAGGUGGUACAGGGUCACAAAAAGAAAUUCAGAAGCUACGCAAGAGAAACUUACAGCUGGAGGAAGAGAAUAACUUGCUGCGUCUUAAAAUAGACAUCUUACUUGACAUGCUUUCUGAGACAACAGCUGAAUCUCACCUAAAGGAGAAAGAACUAGAAGAGUUGAAGAGCUUGAGUGGGAGGAGAAAAUAAUCUUUGCUUGCACAGAGAGGACAACUGCAAGUGGGACUUCUCCCUGAUCCAUGGCUGACUGCAGUAUUUAGCUCAUGUUGUUACUUCCAUACCAAACCCCUACAUGGAACACACUUCUAGUCUCUGAAUAUAUAUAUAUAUUUUUUGCUCAAUACACUAAAACCCAUUUUUACUUAUAAGUGGAUAUAUACGUGUAUGAUGAUGGUUAUGGGGAAGUCUGGCACAUGAACAUGCAACAGAAAAGGGAGCAGCCCAUUUGGCUCUAGAAAUUAAUACGUUAUUCAAACUAGUCUAGUUAACAAAACAUAGUUUUUAAUUGAAAGGAGAUAGCGUUUUAUUGAACAGAUAUGUUGUUAAAAUUAGAAGAUAUUUAUACACUUUAACUGCAGUUCAGUUGUAAUGUGUAAUUACAUUUAGCAGACUUCAUUUUUACAUUGUUGUGAAAUACCGGUAGUUGUGUAAAACAACCUCUAGUCUCUGUGUCCCACAAAAUGUUUCUGUCUGAAGACAAUUUUAUAAUAUUCCACAAAUACAACUGUAAGUAAAUUUUAAGGUUCUCCAGUAGUGUAUAUUAAAAUGCAAGUUUAAUAUGUUGUAUUGCAGUCAGAAUUACCUCUCUUGGCCUUUUCUGUUGACCUGAAGGGCAACAAUUGACAUGAGCCGUGUCACUCUGCUUUGAAUGACAGGAUUUUGGCAUAUCCCAGUUACAUAUGUAUAUGUUUACAGUCAUUUGGAAUUCAACGUUUAUACUCCUGAUGUAAAUUUAAAAGUGUUUAUGCACAAUAUUCUGGCAUUAAGCAAUUUUGAGUUGUAUGAAGUAAAUAUGAUUGUGCAGAUACCAUUAUUCAUACUAUAUCUACUGUCUAUGUAUGCCUGUAUAUUUACACCCAUACACACCUUUAUAUAUUUUUGGCACUUUUCUAACAGCCUGAUGACAGAGGUUUCUGUAAACCUCAAAGGUGCAAGUGCUGGGAAUUCUCUUGCACUAUCCAUACAUGGAUGUCAAACCAACUAGGAUGCUGUUAUUGUACACGACAAGAAACAAGUAGAUCACAGGCAGAGUGGGAAGCAGUUUGUUUAAAAUGCUGUUGAAAUAAAACAUAUUUGGGAUCGUAGAAGUUUGUUUUAGAUUUUAUAUUUGCAGAUUUAUUAAAUAGGACAUAAUUAUUUUUUUGUUUAAUAUUUUGUAUGAAAAAUAAAGUGGUCAUAUAGUUUUCUUUA